AUGCUGCGCGCCCCCAGGUGCUCCCGGUGCCGGAACCAUGGCUUCCUGGUACCCGUCAAGGGCCAUGCGGGCAAGUGCCGCUGGAAGCAGUGCACCUGCAAGAAGUGCUACCUGAUUACCCAGCGCCAGAAGAUCACGGCCGCGCAGCAGGUACUCCAGAAGCAGGUCUCCGAGGAGGAGCAGGAGGUGGCCCUGUGCGCUCAAGGGCCCCAGCUGGCCUCCGGGGACACGGCCGCUGUCCCGGGCUCAAGCUUACGCCCGCUGCCUCCGCCUGCCGCUUUGGGAGACGCGCAUCCGGGCCCCGAGCGCCGCGCGGCCGCCUGCUUCCUCCAGAGACCCCAGCAGGGCUGGAGCCCCGGCCCGAGCACCUUCCAGCCAGUUCUGGGAGGCCGCGGCCCGGUGGGGCCGAGCAAACAAGCCGCUGCGGCCAUGCCCAGUUCUCUGAGGCCCCAGCUCGGGGCGGAGGCCGCUGGCCGGGGCUGCCCCGGCCGCCUGGAGCUGAGCAGGCCGCUUCGGCCGGUGCUCAGCCCGCCAUUCGCCGACUUCGGGCCCCCUCUGAGCGUCAACUCAGAUCGUGUGGUGGGGUCUGAGUACCUGGAAAGAGAGCCUUCCAAGCUGUACCACAACUGCUCCAGCAUGCACCCCUACCACCCGUUCCUGCUGGGCUACCAGGAUGCAUCCCUUACCCCGGGGGUCCCCCCGCAGCAGGGUUUCCAGCAUGUGUCCUGCAGCCACUACAAUGGAGCAGGCUUGGUGGAGAAGCCAGUGGAAGACCUCCAGACCCGCUACUACCUGCUGCCGCCGGCCCAGUUACCCCCGCGGUACCUCUCCAUGCUCCACUGCGUGCCCCCGUCGUCCUCGCUGCCCAUCGUGUCUGACGCGGACAAGGAGAACACUGAUGACCAGGAUGCGGAGGGGCCGUGGGAGCCCAGCCAGCUUUAGUCCCAGGAGCAGUCCGGCUAGGCCCUGGCCCUCAGGCCAGCAGAGUGGGGCCUUGGGGGUGUUAACAGCAAUGAUUUUCUUGUCUCUGUUCAGUGAUGUGUAGGGAGGAAGGAUAGUGAUAGGCGUAAGAUGACAGUUAAUUCCCAUUUCAAGAUUGGAGGAAGGAAGCUGAUUGCUAAAGUCCUCUCAAUCCUGAGAUAACAGGCGGUUGAAAAGGAGCUUGGAGGGCAGAGCCAGGGCUGUAAGGAGUGGGGGACUGGUGGAAGCUCACGUUAAGGAAUGAAUUUAACCGUCUCUGGUUUGUGCUGCUGUUACCAGACUCGCCCCCAGAGGCAGCCUCUGAUUUCCUUAGGUCCCGCUCCAGGACAGGAGGCACCAUCUACUCCAGUCUUCUGGUUCUGCUGCCUCUCCCUGGUCCCCAGCUGGGGGCCACACAGACAUCAGGCGUCCAGCACAUCCAGGCGGA